AUUGUGUAAAAAAUUUGAUCAGUAGGAUAUUCCAACUGGCUUUUCUUGGGAAUAUUAUUGACUAUAAUCUACGGAAACCGGACGCAAGUCUCUUUAUUUCACUGGAAACGUAAACAGUAUCAGAUUUCUACUUCAUUAUUCUUUCAACUACCAGAAUGAGCGACGACAACAAUUUAUCUACAACAAGUUCUUUGAACAACGACAGUGAUCCUUACAACAGUAGCAUUUAUUCGGAUGACUACAAUAAUUCCGAUCAUUACGAAUACGGAUCUUAUGAAUACGACGAAUAUCUAUAUCCUGGCUACCCUUUUGAAAGACCUGUUUACUUGUAUAUUUGGAAUAUACUCGUUAUUUUACUAUUUUUGGUGAACGUCGUUGUAAUUUCAGUUUUGAUGCGCAGAAAGAUGCGCACUGCAACAAACAUGAUACUCUCCGCCAUUGCAAUAUCUGAUACAUUGACUGGACUUGUUACCUUGCCAACUUACAUCAUGGUGUAUUAUAAUACACACGAUCCACUGCAAUAUGAAGAUUAUUUUCACAUUAAUAGCACAAAUAUUACACAAUAUUAUGACAAUCCGGUCACUCAGUCCUCUGUGGAUGGAUAUGUUUUAUCAAAGGACUUGUGUCGUGGAUUUAUGCUAUCAAAAUAUUUCUUAUCUAAAAUGUUUCACACAGUGUCAAUUUUCUUGACACUGUUUCUUGCUGUUCAGAGAUACACUUCGGUUGCCUUCCCAUUCAAAUCUCAACGUAUUUUUUCCGUCAGAAAUACCGUUAUAUUCUGUUUGAUUAUCUUCUUUGCCUCACCACUCCUUCAUGUGUACCACGUGACAACAGAUAAAGCGGUUGAUGGUAUUUGUCAAUGGGAGCUUGGCGAGGAUGAUUGCGGAGGAGACUGUAUCUAUCUUUGGUUAUUGUUUAUAGUUCGUCAUUUCAUACCUUGUGUCAGCCUAACAAUAUCCACUGUUAUUUUCAUCAAACAUUUACGAGGUGGUGCACGAAACUUUGGAAACAUGGAUGGGAACUCUUCGCAAAAUUUGAAUUGGAUUGAAGAAAACCGAAGUAUUUCGACCAUUGUCAUUGUUAUCGUAGUGGUGUUUCUUAUUCCCGAGAUACCAUACGGAGUUUUCCUCUUCUAUCAUGCUAUCGACAAAGCAACAACGAAUGGGGAAAAUUCCAAUCUGGAUGUCAACAGAGGCAUCCAUAUGGGCUAUGAACUGCUGCUUGUCCUAUCUUUCAACGCAAACUUUUACAUUUACACAUUUUUGAACAAGAAGUUCCGUAAAUGUUUGAAACGAACGUUCUUAUACCCGUUUCGGGGAUUGGUCGGAGACCAGGAGGGGUUUUCUGAAACGUCACCAAUAUCUACAAGGCAACAAGAAAGACAAACCGGAUCCUCCAAAGGAGCUGUUGAAAUGAAUUAGAUGCAAACGAUUGUUCGGAUAAGUCUGCAACAAUGCAACCCAACAAAAUGAUGCAUACGUGUUUGAAAAACAGCCAUCAAUAUGAUAAUAAAACCAUUAAAAAUAAUUAUAUAAUGAAAUAGAGAAAAAAAAAGAAUCCCUAAAAGAAAGCCCAACACGGCAAAAUUAAUAAUGUUGCAGGUUGGUUUGAUUGAACCUGUUCAUGGACGGUACUUAAAAGUGCAAAUUACCGUCCAAGCCCCCCCCCCCCUAGCACCGGUUUAAGCAGACUUGAACAUUUAAACACGAAAAUAGUGACAUUCUGAAUAUUUUUGUUCAAACGGCGGUUAUCAUGGAACAUUCAACAUCAAUAAGAAAAAAAACGAGUGCGUGAGUGAGUCAGUGAGUGAGUGCGUGAGAUGGUGAGUGAGUGAGUUGUAGAGUGAGUGAGUGAGUUGAAGAGUGAGUGAGUGAGUGAGUGAGUGAGUGAGUGAGUGAGUGAGUGAGUGAGUGAGUGAGUGAGUGAGUGAGUGAGUGAGUGAGUGAGUGACGAUGAACAUAAAUCUUUUAUAUUAGUAAACAGCCUCGAAUUAUGUAAGCAUGCUAUUUUUAAUGCAGAUAAAAAUACAAGUAUUUCUCCCUAUCAAGAUUUAUUGAUUAUCAUCUUUAUUUGUUUUCAAGAUACAUUAAUAAUUAUGUAUUAAUCUUAAUUAAGUUGUAUUUAGUCAAAUUAUUUGAAUAGAUUGCAGUAUAUGUUCGUAUUAUGCUUUGUUUUUUUUUAU